GAGCGUCAAUUGGUUGCGCCAGAGCCAAGCUAGACCAAUCAACAUUAUGAAGGAAGCUCUGCUGAUUGUGGGCUCAUAUCUAUCAGUAGAAAAGGGUGGCGGGUGUUCAGCCAGACUUCUCUGGUUGCCGGUUGUCUGCAAGCUGAGGUCGAUCAUUUGAGUGUCUAAACCGGGAAGAAGAGUUGAUUGCAAACGAAACCAUACUUUGAGCCAUAAUGGAACAAGCUGUUCAUGGUGAAUCAAAGCGAGGCCAGGUCACAGGAACACAUUUGACAAAUGACAUUUCCAAAGCUAAGAAGUGCACAGUGAUUGGAGGCUCUGGGUUCCUGGGGCAGCACAUGGUGGAGCAGUUGCUGGAGCGAGGCUAUACUGUCAAUGUAUUUGAUAUCCACCAAGGCUUUGAUAACCCCCGGGUGCAGUUCUUUAUAGGCGACCUGUGCAACCAACAGGACCUGUACCCAGCUCUCAAAGGUGUAAGCACAGUUUUCCACUGCGCGUCCCCUCCGCCGUACAGUAACAACAAGGAGCUCUUUUAUAGAGUGAAUUUCAUUGGCACCAAGACUGUCAUUGAAACCUGCAGAGAGGCCGGAGUUCAGAAACUCAUUUUAACCAGCAGUGCCAGUGUUGUCUUUGAGGGUGUUGACAUAAAAAAUGGAACUGAAGACCUCCCUUACGCCAUGAAGCCUAUUGACUAUUACACAGAGACCAAGAUCUUGCAGGAGAGAGCAGUACUGGAUGCCAACGACCCUAAGAAGAAUUUUUUAACCGCAGCCAUUCGUCCUCAUGGCAUUUUCGGCCCAAGGGACCCCCAGUUGGUCCCAAUCCUAAUUGAUGCAGCUAGAAAGGGCAAAAUGAAGUUCAUGAUUGGAAAUGGGGAAAACCUGGUGGACUUCACCUUCGUGGAGAAUGUGGUUCAUGGACACAUCUUAGCCGCUGAGCACCUCUCCCAAGAUGCAGCUCUAGGUGGAAAGGCAUUUCACAUCACCAACGAUGAACCAAUCCCUUUCUGGACGUUCCUGUCCCGCAUUCUGACAGGCCUCAAUUAUGAGGCCCCUAAGUACCACAUCCCCUACUGGAUGGCCUAUUACCUUGCUUUCCUGCUAUCUCUACUGGUGAUGGUGGUCAGCCCUCUCAUCCAAAUCCAGCCAACCUUUACACCAAUUCGAGUGGCAUUGGCUGGAACAUUCCACUAUUACAGUUGUGAAAAAGCCAAAAAGCUCUUUGGGUACCGGCCACUGGUCACCAUGGAUGAAGCUGUGGAAAGGACUGUGCAGAGUUUCCACCACCUGCGGAAGGACAAGUGAAGUUCCCCAGUGCCCUCCCCAGUAACUUUCUCCUCUCUGUUCUAAAGAACGCAUAUCCUUAACUGAGUUUCUCUUGACCUGUGUGUCCCUUGCUGGUUAGAUGGUAGCAUACCUGACACCCUCCAUGACAUUGGAGGUGACAACAGGAGACAUUUCUCCCAGGAUAGCAUUGAACUUCUCAGGCAGAGUCAUAAUCUACUGCUUGGGUCUUUUUCUCUCCCCCACACCCCUACUUCUGUCUCCUGGGUUCAUUAUCAGAAAGACAGCACUAAAGUGAAGUCUUUAUCUGGGGUCUUAAAAAUUGAAGCAAAACCAGAAAUUGUAAACACACAGUAAGCCUUCAGACAUACAUUUUAUAUGAUCACAGUACAAUAGCUCAAAGUAUUGAUGAAUGUAAUCCCCAAUCCUUAAGGAUAAAUCCACUGCUGGUUCCUUGCCCCUCACAUACUGUCUAGGUCUCUUUCAAAGAUGGUUGCAGUGUCUGCCUCUAUUGUUUUUCCAUAAAUCAUUUCAAUUUAUCCACAGACUCUGGUGUGGUCUUUAUUGCUCAGUGAUGGUGCAAUGCAAUGGUACAGUGUGUGCUGUGUUAGCUGGUCAGCUCCUAAUAAACAGGAGAUGAUGGCUGCUUGGCAAUAAGCCAAAAAGAGUGGUCUCCUUCAUCGACAUGAUGUUUGAGUAGAAACUCCUCCGUGAGAUGGGGCAGAAUGGGUUACAGACAUCUUUGCAGCUCAUUUCACAGAACAUUAUUAGGCCACUUUCCAAAGAGUACAGGCCACUAACAAUCCAGCCAUUUCUGUUCUCUGAACUCAUUGAAAUGUAUUCUUGAAGAAUUCUAAGUUCUUCUUCAUCACUGUUCAACAGUAAGAUGAUUGGGGGAAAAUAACAAAGAAAUAAAAGCCAUACAGUUUGUGUUG